CGCGAGCCCGAGACGUUCAACGGCCGCCGCGUCUGCGGUGGGAAAUGCCGGGCCUCUCCUUCCUAUGUUUGCACGCCAGGUAUCAGGUUUUGUCAGGCGACUAGUCUGGUGAAGUGCUACGCUACCAUCUGAACCCAGUGCUGCUGGUGCUUAGAGAGCUUGAACUGAAAGCCGGAGGCUGUGAUUCAGCAGGAACUAAACAACGAGAUAAACGCAAUGGCAGGACCAAGACCUGUGGUAAUUAGUGGGCCCUCUGGUGCAGGCAAGAGCACCCUCCUGAAGCUACUUCUCAAGGAGUAUGAACGAGUUUUUGGAUUCAGUGUCUCACAUACAACAAGAAAUCCAAGGCCAGGUGAAGAAAAUGGCAAAGGAACCAGAUUACCAUUUUGUAUCGAGGGAAGAAAUGCUUCGUGGUAUUGAAGCUGGAGAAUUUAUAGAAAGUGCAGAGUUCUCAGGCAACCUGUAUGGAACAAGUAAAGCAGCAGUUCAGGCAGUACAAGCGAAAAACCAAAUCUGCAUUCUUGACAUAGACAUGCAGGGUGUGAAGAACAUCAAGAAAACAGACUUGUCCCCAAUCUACCUUUCCAUUCAGCCUCCUUCAUUUGAAAUUCUAGAAGAACGGCUGAGACAAAGGAAAACAGAGUCUACAGAAAGUUUAGAAAGGAGACUAUUAGCAGCAAAAUUGGACAUGGAAUUCAGUAAAGAGCCUGGUAUGUUUGAUGUGGUAAUAAUUAAUGAUAAUUUAGAGGAUGCCUAUUCUCAGUUGAGAUCGGUUCUUCUUGAGGAAAUCAAAAAGGCAACAGCCUUACAGAACUGAACUGGUUCCAAACUCCAUUCCAUUUGUUUCAGAACUUCUAUUCCAACAAAUUAAAUGAAGUAGGAAGAAUGAAAAUAUCUCUUAACUUGCUUUUCCAAAGUUAUUUUAUUUUUGUGUUGGUGUAUUUUUGUUGAUCAAAAAUAAUGGAUUGCCAGUUUGUCUGUACACAGGACACUUUUAUUAGGGAAUGUUUCUUGAUAGAAAAGAGAAGCUGACUUUGCCUGUCUUACUACUUGGUAUACUAAUUAGCCCUGUCUGAAAUACAGAAUUAACUGUUGAAAUUGUAGUUAGAUACUUAAUGACGUACACUCCAAAAAAAAACUGUUGUAUCUUGUGACAUUUUUUAAAUGGGGAAGUGAUCAUGAUUGGACCAAUGGCAGAAGGAACCAGACAUGGGUCAGCACGUUUCAACCUAUAUAAUUUCUAAAGUAGCGGAUUUCCAAACAUUACUCUUUGCUUGUGAAUAUGAAGUAUUGAAGUAGAAGGAUAAUUCUAUCAUGUGAUUGUCUGAAUUUUAUAUAUUAUUUGAGAUGGAAUUCAAUGUGAUGCUAUCUGGUUACCUAUGUAAACAUGGCCUUUUCAGAGGUAUAAAGAAAUUCACUGGGGAAGAAAACUAGAAUGUUGUGUUUAUUCAUUGUGCAAGACAGAAACUCUCCAUUUGCCCAGAUGAGUGUAGCUUCAACAACAUUCUAGAAACUUGACACCUUUAUAGGACUUAAACAGCCCACUUCAGAGUCUCCACAACCAUUCACUCACUUCACCACUGACGCACAAUAGCAGCAGUUUGUACCAUCUACAGGAUACACUGCAGCAAAUCAUCAAGAUUCCUUAUGCAGCACCUUCCAAAUCCAUGACCUCUACCAGCUAGAACUAUAAAGGCAGCAAAAUCAUGGGAACAGCACCAUCUUGAAGUCGCACCACCCUGACUUGGAAAUAUAUCACUGUCCUGCAUCUCUAGGUCAAAACCCUGGAACUGUCUCCAUAACAGCAUUGUGGGUAUACCUAUGCCUCAAGGACUGCAGAUCACCACCACCUUCUCAAGGGCAGCCAGGGAUGGGCAAUUAAGUGCUGGCUCAGCCUGUGAAAUCCACAUCACUUGAAUUAAUGUAUGUAUAAUAAAAAAAAUUAAGACCUUUUUGUCCUCUCGUAUGAGGUUAUCCACUUUGGAAGUACAGAAAAGCAGAAUAUUGUUUAAGUGGAAGGAGACUGGAGCCUGCAGUGUUGAGGGAUCUGUAUGUGCUCAUGCAUGAAAGACUUGAAUUACAUGCAGGUAGAGCAUAUAACUAAGAAGGCAACUGGGGAAACAAAAAUGCUGCAGAUGCUGGAAAUCUGAAAUAAAAAAAAUGUUGGAA